ACGUCUGUUUGACACUUGGUUGGUUAGUCAAUAUAUCGAGCUGGAACUAUACUUUAUUCAGCUUGCAAGGCAUGCGAGUUAGCUCGACUUGUGGCGUGUUGAUUUCAGCUCGUGAGCGAGCUCGUUUUGAAAUAAUGAGUUGCUUGUAGCGUGACUAGCAAGCCAAUUUGACUAUCAACUAAUCAGCUAGUCAAUCUAUAGUUUAUGAGUUGACUUGUUGACUAUUCAUAUGUUUGUCAUAAUACAUAGAGGAUAGAGCUACCAAUGCUCAAAACUCUCAUAAGAGAAUAUGUCUCAAAUUAUAAUUUAAAAUACAAACUAUAUAUCACAAAUUGCCUAAAUACAAGUUUAUAUUGAAUAACAUAUGAAGAAUUGAAAUGUUUGAAUCAAAGAAUAAGAUAUAUGAGCUCAUCGAUGGGUGGAACUCGAUUAAAACUCUUGAGGUUAAAUACGAGUCAAUAUUUCACGAAUUGAAAAUGAAGUAGGUCAAAAUUCAACUCGGCUAAGCUCAUUUGCAACCUAAUAUGAGCUAUGCUUUAUUUAGUUAGCAAGGUAUCCUAAUCAGCAUAUUGUUAAACUAACUGACGAAAUAUCUAACACCAUUAAAUGUUGUAAUGGAAAUGGCUAGAUUUAUCCUACAAUCAUCCGAAAAUAAGAUUAUUUGGUGCAUUCUCCAAAAGUAGUUAUUAUUAUCACAAACUCGAAAAAUGUGGGUAUCACGACUGUUUUCUACGGAUUCGAGAAAUCGGAGGAUCGACAAAGCAAGAAAACGAAAGCAAUAACCGAAACACGACACACGAAUUUAUAUGAUUCACUAACACAAUUUGUGUUAGCUAGUCGAGGGGAAGGAGAGAGUCGAUUUCACUAAUUCGUGGAGAUACAUAUUACAAAGAAGUAUGAGAAGUAUUUAUACCACUUCUUUAUAUGGUCUAACCCUAAUAUAAUCUAAUAAAGGAAAACAGUUACAGACCAUACCCAAAAGAAGAACUCAAACACCAACGAGACCUUAUGACUUCCGAUUAUAACCAAAUAAUCCGAUUCAAAUCACAUAAACCGUGUGUAUUUUACCUUAAAAUUUUGUGCCGGAAAUAUCAAUUGUGCCUAACUUUAGGCGCUCUUCGGCGAGACUAACCCAAAAUUGGGUAUAGAUUAUAGAAUCUAGACUAGUUGUAGUAAGGGGGCUCAAAACUCACAAGCCGCCGUGCCGUAGGCCACAUCCAGUUAACCCCCGGAAACGGCAACGGUAAAAGAAGAUCCGAACUUGGUAUUUUCGUCGGUUCAUAAAUUUUUGUCUCCAUUUCUGGCCAAAGAUCCAACCACCUAGCUUCUCUUUCAGUCCUUCAACCAUCCGAUUCGGAUCCGGACCUGGACCUCCCUCUCUCUACCCGGCUCCUCGUUGUCAGGAAUCCCCGCAACCGCCCGCUUACUCCGUUCACCGGCGUUCCUCUUCUCGUUCUUCUCCUGCCAUCUUCCGAUUCUAAGUUACUCUGGCUUUUCGGAUCCGCAGCUCUUGUUUCUCAGUUACUGUAAGUGAAGCAAUUCCUUCUUUCUUCGUUGUUUUCAAUAAUUUUGCGGUUUCCCCGAGUGUUUUUUGGUUCUUCCAGAGGUAGGUCUUUUGUGGGCAAUUUGGUUGGUACUUCAAUCGAUUGAUGUUUACUGCUUUCCCCCCUGUCCAAGAGAUGAUGUGGGUGGGAGAAGGAUAAUACUUUUCAGCAAUUUUCAGAUGUUGGGUUUGGAAGAACUCUUUUUGAUUGCUCAAAAGCUUAGACAUUUGUUUACUUGACAAACCAGCCGAAGAACCCUAAGUACGUCUUCCAUAGCUGGACUAGAUAGAGAAUUUUUCCAACGAAGUGUUCUGGAAGCUGGUGCCUAGUUCUCACUAUUCGUUAUCAUUCUGAGCCCCUUAUCUAUGGCUCUUGACCAGUUCAAAAAUCUCUUCUGCAUCUAGUUUUCAUGUUGCAAAAUGCAGUCUGUAGGAUUUAGUAGUGCUUGACACUAUUCUGCUUGAAAGAUUGUCGUUAUUGGAGACAUUUCUGAUCCUUUUCUUUCAUCUCGUCAAUUUUUGUAGUUAGCAACUGCAACAAGCUGUUGGGUGUUGGCAUUUCCAUCUGAUUGUCUUGGACAACAAAACAUGCUCUGAUGUGAGGUGAGCUCAGUUGGGGCUUGCUGUUCAACUUAGAAAGACAAUGGGAGAUGGUAGCAACAACAGAGGCAGUGGUGGUGGUGGCAACAGUGAGAAGCCAGAAUGGCUCCAGCAGUACAACCUUAUUGGCAAAAUCGGGGAAGGUACUUACGGUCUUGUAUUCUUGGCCAAAACCAAGUCACCGCCUUCAAGCCGUGGCAAAUCCAUCGCCAUCAAGAAAUUUAAGCAGUCUAAAGAUGGUGACGGUGUCUCCCCCACCGCCAUCCGCGAGAUCAUGUUGUUACGAGAAAUAACGCACGAGAACGUUGUGAAGCUCGUCAACGUGCACAUCAACCACAACGACAUGUCACUCUACCUGGCGUUCGACUAUGCUGAGCACGACCUCUACGAGAUCAUCAGGCACCACAGAGAGAAGCUCAACCACCCGAUCAACCAGUAUACGGUCAAAUCUCUGCUCUGGCAGCUGCUCAACGGGUUGAACUAUCUCCACAGCAACUGGAUCGUGCACCGAGACCUCAAGCCGUCCAACAUCCUCGUGAUGGGAGAUGGUGAAGAGCAUGGAGCCAUCAAGAUUGCCGAUUUUGGGCUAGCAAGGAUUUAUCAAGCUCCGUUGAAACCGUUGUCCGAUAAUGGUGUUGUGGUAACAAUUUGGUAUCGUGCUCCCGAGUUGCUCCUUGGGGCGAAGCAUUACACGAGCGCUGUUGAUAUGUGGGCUGUUGGAUGCAUUUUUGCUGAGCUCUUGACUUUGAAGCCCCUCUUUCAAGGUGCAGAGGCCAAGUCGACACCGAACCCUUUCCAGCUCGAUCAGCUCGACAAGAUUUUCAAGAUAUUAGGCCAUCCCACACAAGAAAAGUGGCCAACACUUGUCAACCUUCCUCAUUGGCAAUCUGAUCUUCAGCACAUCCAAGGUCACAAGUAUGAAACCAAUGCACUACACAGUGUAGUGCAUCUCUCUCCCAAAAGUGCUCCAUUUGAUCUGCUUUCUAAGAUGCUUGAAUAUGAUCCUAGAAAGCGGAUAACAGCUGCACAGGCACUUGAUCAUGAGUACUUCAAGAUGGAACCUUCGCCGGGAAGAAAUGCUCUUGUGCCGGUUCAGCCAGGGGAGAAAGUGAUCAAUUAUCCUACUCGUCCUGUUGACACGAAUACAGAUUUUGAAGGAACGACUAGCCUUCAGCCUCCACAACAGAUGGUUUCUGGGAAUGCAAUGAUGGCAGGUGCUCAUGGAAUGGGCCGAGGUGGUCCUCGACCUAUGCACAUGGGGAUGCAGAGAAUGCAACCUCAGGGUAUGGCAGCUUAUAAUCUCCAGGCUCAGGCCGGAAUGGGAGGGAUGAAUCCAGGAGGAAUGCCAAUGGGUCGAGGUGUUGCUCAGGCCCAUCAGCAACCUCACCUGAGAAGGAAAGAUCCGCCUAUGGGGGCUGGAUACCCUCCACAGCAGAAAUCCAGACGCUAAUCGGACGAGCAGAAAUCCAGACGCUAUUCCAAGCCAUAAUUGCUCUAUCCUGGAUCCAUUUGAUCUGUCUGCCACUGCCUGCUCGCUGCUUGUAUGCACAGUUUUUUCACUUAAAAAUCGAAGAGCAGAAAUUUUCACAACAAAGUGGCUAUCUAACAAAGAGCCCGUGGUAUCUGUAGUACUAUGUAUGAUUUUGUCUCGCUGUGAUCGUCUUAUUUAUAGUAUGUCCAUGGAGUCACAGUUCCCAAUUUUAAGGGAUUUGUAUCAAGCAGCUGUAACACAAUUACCAUGUAUUGCAGUUCACUGAUGCAGAUGAGUUCAACUAAUGUGUAUUCUGAUUUCGGCUUACAAUAAUGUAUUGUCUUGUUUUUUUUCCUCCUGAAUUUACUGAAGCAAUUAUGUGAACAAUGGAAAAGCCUACUCACCCUAAUCUUACUGCUCAAAGCCACAAAAAUAGAAAGGCACCUAAUUUUCACGUCAUGGCUUUAUUGCAGGAAAAGGAGGGAUACAGCAUACAGGCCGGCUAACGAGACAAGUUAGAAAGACGACGUCUUUUGAUUGUUACAUUUCCCAGUGAGGCAGGCACAGAGUUUUGGUUUCAUCGCUCACACACGAGUCCUGCGGUAAGCUGCUUUUCGACUGUACCUGGAGUCAGGAAAGGAAAUAAUCAACGAUCAAAAGGGAAGAAGCGGAAGCCGAAGAAGUAAACAUGGUACGUGGAAAGCUCAAUCCUUUUCCAUUCUUUUCCAUCAGAAUCAGUGAUCGGGAGAUGCAGAUUGAAUCUUAGAGGGGUUCUCGUUUGUGGGUGUAAUUAACUGAAUUCUGCAGUCGGCGCUUUUCAAUUUCCAUUCGUUUCUGACGGUGGUGCUGCUGGUGAUCUGCACUUGCACUUUCUUGAAGAUGCAAUUCCCCACCAUUCUCGAACAGAAAACCGGGUGGGUGAUUACUGCUACUGCUUAACCCUCUUGCAUCCUCUUUUUCUUUCUUUCUUUCUUUCUGCUUUCACUAUUCUUGUCUCGCUUGGCCUCUGAGAUGAGUUCCGAGUUGUUUGUUCGUUACAGAUUCCGCGGUUUCUUUUGGAAAGCAGCCAGAAUAGGUACGUUUGUAGUAAACCCUUGUUUCACGAUUUCAUAAGAUCUAACCAGAACAGAAUCUCCAGAACACAUUCAUAGUUCUACUAGCAUUAUUAUCUCGUUAAGGACGUAGCUGUUAUGUAAUUCGAUUCUCCAUAGGCUCUUUGAGGAACAGAAUACAAAUAACAGAAUCCU